AUGGGAAGAGAAAUUGUUCGCCUAGAAUCAAAGGAGCCUUGGAAGCGUAGUAGAGUAUGGCAUCAUAAGGACUCUUUCAAAAUCUUGACGGAAAAGAAUGGUACUGAAACAAUUGAAGGUCUUGUCCUGGACAUGCACAUGUACCCUACUAUAAACUCAAAUGAGAAAGUCUUGGAAACCAAUGCAUUUUCACGGAUGCAGGAACUAAAACUACUCCAUCUUAGUCAUGUAAAACUCCGCGGAUGUUACGCAAAAUUUUGUAGUGGACUAAGAUGGUUGUGUUGGUUUGAAUUUCCUUUAGAUUCUAUACCUGUCGAUUUUCCUGUGGGAAGCAUUAUUGUUCUUGAAAUGCAAUACAGCAAUCUGAGACAAGUAUUCAAGGGAACAAAAUAUCUUCCGUCCUUGAAGACCCUUGAUCUCAGCCAUUCUCAUUCCCUUACAGAAACCAUUGAAUUCUCAUAUUGCCCAAAUCUAGAGAAAUUGGUUCUAGUAGACUGCACGAGCCUGAUUUAUGUCCAUGGAUCCAUUGGAAACCUAGAGAGACUUAUUUACUUGAAUAUGAAAGAUUGCAAAAAGAUUAGGUUGCUUCCCAAGAACAUUUGUAUGCUAAAUUCACUUGAAACAUUUAUUAUAUCUGGUUGCUCAAAUCUAAAGGAGUUAUCAAUUGAGAUGUUGAGGAACAUGGACUCGUUAAAAGUGCUUGAGACAGAUGAAAUUCCGAUAAGUGAAUUAUGUCUAGAAAGAAGUUUGAGUAUCUUAUGUUCUUUACCAUGCUCUUUAGUAGAAUUAAGUCUUUGGGGGUGCAAUCUUUCGGAUGAUGCCUUUCCUAUGGAUUUUAGUAAUAUGUCAUCAUUGCAAAGAUUAAAUCUAGGGAAUAAUCCAAUUUGUAGCCUACCAAAUUGUAUCAAAGGAUUAGCGAGGCUCGAUAAACUCUCUUUUUCCAUGUGUACGAGUCUCAAAUCACUUCUGGGGUUACCAAAAGUAAACAACUUGGAUAUUGUAGAUUGCAUUUCAUUGGAGAAAAUGACAUUUCAAUCCCGUCACGUAGAGACAGCCAUAUCAUUUAAUCACAGCAGCCUAGUUGAGUGGCAGUACAAGUUCAAGUUACAAGCCAUCAUUGGAUUGUGCAACUUGUUGGAAUCAAUGGCACCCAUUCUACAAAAGGAUGAUCCAAUUCCCAUCCAGGGACUGUACGAAUGUGGUAUAUUGAGCACAUUUUUUGGUGGGAAUGAGGUUCCAGGCCAAUUCAGCCAUAAAAGCAGAGGGUCCUCAAUAUCUUUUACUGUGCCAUUACUCGAUAAUCACAGAACUCGAGGCUUGAUUUUCUUUGUUGUCUAUUCGAAUGCUGGCUAUGAUUCUCCUAUUUUCCACCACAAUUAUUGGCCACAUAUAACAGUCAAAAAUAAGAGCAAGGGUCUGUCGAAGGUGUAUGAACCAUCACACUACGGUAUUCCAGGUGAAGGAGAAGACAUGAUAUGGUUAAGCCACUGGAGUUUGGAGGAUGAGCCGUUACAAGGGGGCGAUGAAGUGGUUGUUUCUGUAAUUAUGAAAUCUGGGCUUCUGGUUAAGGAGUUGGGCAUCCGACUUGUGCAGGUGCAACAAGAAGAGAAUCAUAAUAUGAUGAGUAUUUCUACAGAUUCUUCUUAUGAUCGAUUAUCGUUCAAUAUGAUCCUUGGGGACUCUGAUGAAGAAGAGGAGGUUUUCUCUCGUUUUGUAUGUUUACCAGACGAAGAAGAAGAGCAACAGGAUGAUAUCACAGUUGCAACCACUACAGGCAGCAAUAACUCUGGCGGCCUCGGUGGCUGGAAGGUGCUCACAGCUUGUUUCUGUUGUCCCGUUGGUAUGAAAAUGUAGCUGUCUUCUCUCUCAGGCAGAAAGAAGGGACCGUCCACAAGCCCUGGAUGAAUUUUUUGUACAUCUCAACAGCAGACUAUUUGUUUUUGCAUACAUCCAAUGUCAUUUCGUAGCAUCAAAUGCUCUUCUUCUGAGAUAUUUUUAUUGACCCCAUUUGUUCAGUUUUAACAUAUCUUUGGGCUGGAAAACUGAAGUGGCCCAACCCAGAUUGUGAGAUUAGCAUCUGCAUCUGCUCUGUUGAUAUAUUUUGCGACAUUUUUUUUUUC